CUGGAAUGCCUAUGUGUGCAGUUACCAACCUUAUCACAGAUCACAGACAACCUCUGUCCUCUUUUUGUGCUCACAUAGAACAAGACAGGGCAACAAACAAGGCAGAAACAUUUAAAAAAAACAUGGCAGUUUUGGGUUUUAUUCCUGGGGUUGUUUUUGUGCUCCUACUUUUGGCUCUCGUAGGUUUCCUUCUGUGCUUUGGAUAUGUCUUCUACAUGCACUUAAAGUAUGACCAUAUCCCUGGACCCCCCAGAGACAGUUUUUUCCUCGGACACUUACCAACAUUGAUGAAGCUGUCGAAGAAUAACAUAGUGAUUUAUGACCCCUUUUUUGAAUGGAUGGAAAAGUACGGUACGGUAAUACGUCUUAAUCUCAUACACAAAGUGAUGAUCUUUGUUAUCAGCCCUGAUGCUGUUAAGGAAUUCCUGAUGUCGCCAAAAUACACCAAAGAUGAUUUCUAUGAUCGCAUACACAGCAUGUUUGGAAUAAGAUUCAUGGGAAAUGGUUUACUCACAGAUCGAAACUAUGACCACUGGCACAAACAGAGGAGGAUUAUGGAUCCAUCAUUCAGCAAAAGCAACCUGAUGCUGUCAAUGAGAACCUUUAAUGAUAAAGCAGAAGAUAUGGUGGACAAACUGGCUGAAAAGGCAGAUUGGAAAUGUCACGUUGUAAUGCACGAUAUUAUGAGCAGAGUCACACUGGAUGUCAUUGCCAAGGUUGCCUAUGGGAUGGAGCUGAAUGCUGUUCAUGAUGAUCAGACGCCGUUUCCACAAGCAAUUUCCAUGGCUAUGAGAGGAAUGGUAGAAGCACGGAAUCCGUUGUCAAUGUUUAAUCCAUACAAACAAGCCGUGAUCAGAGAAGUGAAAAAAAAUGUCAAUUUUCUGAGAGACACGGGCAAAGAACGUAUUGAGCAAAGGAUGAAGGCGUUUCAAGAUGGAGAUGACAUGCCAAAAGAUAUCCUCACGCAGAUCCUUAAAGCUGCUGAGUUGGAAGGCGGUUGCACUAUGGAGGAUUUUAUAGAUCAUUUCGUAACUUUUUUCAUUGCAGGACAAGAAACAACCGCCAACCAGCUGUCCUUUGCUGUUCAGGAAUUAGCACGACACCCAGAGAUACUAGCAAGGGUCCAGGCUGAAGUGGAUGAAGUUAUUGGCUGCAAAAUAGACAUUGAAUAUGACGAUCUUGGGAAACUGCAAUAUUUGUCUCAGGUUUUAAAAGAAACCUUGAGGUUGUACCCGACAGCCCCAGGAACAUCAAGAACCAUAGAGCAGGAAAUGAUCAUCGAAGGAGUGAAGAUUCCUGCUGGAUCCAAUGUAAUGUUCAACACGUACAUCAUGUGCCGGAUGGAAAAAUAUUAUCCAGAUCCCUUGGUCUUCAACCCAGAUAGAUUCCACCCUGAUGCCCCCAAGCCUGCCUACGUCUACUUUCCAUUUUCUCUCGGACCUCGAACAUGUAUCGGACAAGUAUUUGCUCAGAUGGAGGCAAAGGUGGUCAUGGCCAAAUUAGUACAGAGAUAUGAGUUUGAGCUGGUGGAAGGACAAAGCUUCAAGAUUUUGGAUACAGGGACCCUGCGCCCCUUGGAUGGUGUCAUUUGCAGACUGAGACCUCGAGCAUCAAAUAAAUAAACUGCAUUACCUAAUUUCAUAGGAAAGAACAUUUUGAUUAGUUCUCAUUCAUACGAGUGUACUGGAUCUAUACUCUGGUCAGUGGUAAGUUCACAUCUAUCUAGUGCAGCCCGGGAUAAUGGGAUUCCAGUGUAUACCUCAGUGUGUCCUCCCCAGAUCUACUCAUUUGAAUGUGCUAAAUGAAGUUUAAAAGUGACUACAUUUGGCACAUUUGCAAGCAUAUACAAUUUUUUGUGGGACUCAGAAGUGUCGUCGACCAAGCUUUUGAAUCCGACAGAGAAACAGCAUUGCCUGGCUUCUCUUUCCCAGUGUUCAACUUUGAAAUGCCGCCAGUCCAUACAGCACUGGCCUUGUCACUCCUCCACUUUAUUUUGCACUUGGUUUGUGCUCUCCUCCUUUGGAUAGUGCAAUUUCCAGGCACCAAUUCGGCAUACCACUAUUCUCGGGGGCUGCUGAUGGUUGGUUAGACCAAUCCUCCUUGGAAUAGGACACCUUUGUGCAGCGACAAGUGCAAAGCAAUGGGAUACAUGCGGCAUUAGCUAAAGGAGGUGAAACUGUGCACUGGAAGAGAUGAUACAUAUUUUAUGUGUUUGUUUGUACAUAAAUAUGCGCUAGAAUUAGAUGCUAUACCUUAAAUGGGCACUCUCAUUAAAACACAUUGUGUUACAUUUAUGGUAAAUAAAAAAUCUUUCUAAUGUACUUUGAUUAAAAUAAAA